AUGGGUGAUAGUCCUAUGAUGUCUACACCUUAUAUGGAUCCUUUAAUUGGUUCUCAUUUCUCUACACCAAUGAUGGAUACUACUACAACAACUCCUUUCAUGGGUGCUGUUGGUAUGGAUUUGGAUUGUAUGGAACAAUAUUUUACUCCUGCUUUGACUUCUGAACAUGAUUUUUCUUCUGUGGUGGAUCCUUCUCAAUUGGCUAUUGAAUCUCAACCUACGAUGACUCUUCAACAACAAGAAGAUGAUUCUCUUUUCCCUCCUCUUUCUAAAGAAGAAGAACAACAAAAACAAAAUGAUACUACUUCUGAAAAUCAUUGGGAUUUACUUUUUGAUGAUAUUUUUGGUACCAAUGAAAAACCCAAAGAUGAUGUUCCAACUUUAAAACGCAAACAUGUGGAAGAAGAAAAGGAAGAAGAAGAAAAACAAUCAAAACAAGUUAAAACCAAUGACACCCGUCUCUUUGUCUGUCCUAUCUGUGAUCGUGGAUUUAGCCGUCGUUAUAAUUUGGGAACUCAUAUCAAAACUCAUAACAAGGAUCGAGUAAAACCUUUUGCCUGCCAUUUAUGUACCAAGUCCUUUGAUCGAAAACAUGAUUGUGAACGUCAUAUCUCAACUGUUCAUAUGGGUGAACGACUUUACACCUGUCAUACUUGUCAAGUCUCCUUCUCUCGUCGAGAUGCUCUUCAUCGUCAUCAAACUCAAAAACAUGUCGAUUAA